AUGACGCCGCGCAGCGUACCCCCUGCUCUCUCAACGUCGCUGAUAUACACUGCAUUUGGCUCGUUCGCGGCUUGGUCGGCUACGACGCUCCCCAUUCUGCAAUCAGAGGACUCUCCGGCCCCGAUCACCGCAGACCAGGCCUCCUGGCUGGCUUCCAUCAACUCGCUGACGGGGCUGGUAGCGACGUUCACCGCAGGCUACGCUGUGGACAUCAUCGGCAGGAAGAAGCUGAUUCUCUCCGCCGCUGCGCCACUCCUCGUCUGGUGGCCAAUGGUCGCUUUCUCAAACUCUUACGCAAUGCUGAUGGUUGCCAUGACGAUAGGAAGCUUAUCUGGCGGCCUCAUGGGCAGUCCUUCCACUAUGUUUCUGUGCGAAAUCGCUGACACCGAAUUACGAGGCACGCUCAUGAUGAUUCACACCGUGUUGAUGAACUGCGGCAGCCUUUUCAUGUACUGCAUAGCGCCCUACUUGUCCGUUUCGACUGUUUCCUUCAUGUGCACUGCCGUCCCCAUUAUCUUCGUUGUCACAUUCGUGUGGAUGCCCGAGUCACCGUACUUCUUCCUUCUGCGAAACAGAGAAUCUGAAGCUGUGAAGAGUCUCGUAAGGUACAAGGGCGAGAUGACACCAGAGGAACUGCGCUCGGAGCUUGGCUCAAUGUACAGAGCAAUCCGACAGAAGCAAGAGACCAAAGGGAGGCUGAAAGACCUUUUCUUGGUACCAGUGCACCGCAGGACUCUGCUGAUAAUGUCCGGGUUCGUCUUGCUCCACUUGUCCACUGGUGCAGUAGCGUUUGGUACCUACACGACGUACAUAUUCGAGAAGAGUGGAAGCGGUUUCGACGCGGAUGUGUCUUCCAUCAUCGUAGCGGCCGUUUCGCUUGUAUCGAGUAUUUCGGCGUCCUUCAUUGUUGAAAGAGUUGGCCGGCGGCCGCUCGGGAUUCUGGGCCUUACCGGGUGCGGUGUCUGCCUGACCGCCAUGGGCGCCUACUUCUACGUGGACGAGACCCAGGGUGAGGUGCCCUCUGCCUUCGACUGGGUGCCGCUCACAACCGUCAUCGGAUUCAACAUAUCGUUCGGUGUUGCCUCGGCCCCGGCUUUCAUCAUGUUCAUCGGUGAGAUAUUCCACGUGUCCGUGAAGUCCGGCGCCAUAACCAUCUGCAACACGGUGGUGGCGGUCUAUAGCUUCGCUCUGAAGAAGCUGUUCCAGGUGGUGUCGGACAGCGUGGGCGCACACUACUCGUUCUGGGCGUUCGCCGCCAUGUGCGCGCUCACCGCCCUCUACCUGUUCCUGCUGCUGCCCGAGACCAAGGGCAGGACCUUCGCGGAGAUCAGCGACGACAUGGCCGCCCGCCUCGGCGGAGCUCCCCCCUCCAGCUACAACGAGGAACCCACAAAGGCGGCGUCAGAGCUGGCGUUGCCAACUUCUCUUGUUAGCAAACCAUGCAGCACUGAAACCACUGUAGCGUAA